UGGAUGGUUCACGCGUACAAUAUUUUUAAAUCUCUUUUACAACUCAGAUUGUGGUUUCAAGGGCACGAGUUCUAGUUUAUGCGUCUCGAAACAGUGACUCUGAAGCGUGUCUGUUAGACAGCGGAAUUCUCGAGGAAUGCAAACAUUCGAGCUUUAGUUUAUAAGAGUUUAAUCUGUCAUUCAUUAAAAUUCAAAACGGACUUUUCAAACGAUCCUCGUACGUAGCCUUCUGCAGUGGAUUGCACGUGUCAUCCCGUUGUGCCCUCCAAUAGAAUUAAAAUCGAAAGUUCGAUCGAGCGCCAAUUCAUGCCUUUGAUUCCUCGUGAAUUCGCGCAGCUGCUCGUGAGCUUUCAAUGACGAUCGACUCGAUAUCGAGACGACUGACAAGAGAACCUGAACGGGGUUGCGACAGCUGUCUCAGCCAGGUAGAGAUGAAGACGGGCCAAGCUGAAACUGGGAGAUGUGGGAUCAGCUACCGGAGCUGAUAUUGACGCAGAUAUUCGGUCACCUCGGUCGUGGGGAUCGUGCCAGCGUUGCACAAGUUUGCCAGUCAUGGAAUCGUGCACUAUCGUCGCCGAUUCUUUGGCGUUCCGUAACAAUUCUCAUUGAUUGCGAUCUACGGGGUGACUUUCCAUUGGCGGGAGACUUAGCUGCAAAGUAUGGACAGCAUAUGCGUAGCCUGGAACUCGCCUGGUCACGGCCGUAUAUUUUGCCAAGGGAAGCACGUAUUACUCGUAACAUUCAGGCCGAAGCUGGUGCCGAUUUCCUUACGGUCGUGCGAGCCAUGAACGUUCAAUUGAGGAAGCUAAUACUCACCGACUGGAUCUUCAGCUGCAAAUGGGGGAACAGAGACAAAUUGCUGUAUGCUCUUGCGAACUUCUUAGGCUGUCAGCACAACUUGGAAACGUUGAGUUUGUUGAACGCGAAUCUCGGCGUGAGCGACGUGUUGCGGCUUCUAGCUAGCACUUCCAAAGGUUGCAGCGAACAUUUGGCAUACUUGGACCUCCGCGGAGCGUUCCGUGAAUGGCAGACUCCACACAGUAACUCGAGGUAUCUGCGUCUGCUCGGUCGGUUUCGAGCGUUGACCAUCCUCAGACUCGAUUACCCGGCCCUGUCGGACCAGACCCUGAACGCUUUGGCGAACGCGGCCCCGAAGCUGCUGAAAACUUUGCACGUAUCCGUACGGGACUCUGAUUCGAGACAACACACGAUCGCGGACAGCGCUUGGCACAAUCUGGUCACGGUUUGCCCCGAUCUCACCGUCUCCUACACCAUAGUUAACAUCUCCCAUUACGAAGAUAUGUGCUACUUGCUGUUGCCCAGCGUGCCGUUGGCUAGGUUUCAAAUGUUCAGCGGCCAUGUGUGGGACCAGAGCAGAUCUCGUAACUUUAGAAGCACCGUCGGGCUGCUUAUCGACCAUUACACCAACACGCUAGCGGAAGUGAUGCUACAACUGAGAAACAAUCGUGAACAGCUCGACGAUUUACUCAUCGCCAUGCUCGUGCGUUGCAAACACUUAACAAGAUUACAGUACGAUGGCAUAAUAAGGAGUCUCGACACGUUAAGGGACAUCUGUCAGCUACAAGCCGAGAGCAAAACUUGUUUUCGUACGAUCCACGUGAAGCCACGGAACGUAAACGCCCGCAAUCGUGCCGUGUUGAACGACAUUAAUUACCACUACGAUCACAAAAUGAUGGAUCAAGGUGUGGAUUUUCGUAUCGAGGAUCCAGCCUCGGUUCUAGUGUUCUACUGAAG